AUGGGCGGGAAUUACAAUCAACGUUUCUUUCUUUUUUUUACUAUAGUCAUCUUUUCAUUAUUUAUUUCUGUCUUCUUUUUUUUUCUUUUCUUUACUAUCGUCAUAUUUUCGUUUUUUUUUCUUCUCUAUAGUAAUUUCUUUUCUACAGUAAUUUAUUUCCAUUUUUUACUUUUGAGUCAAAUUUUCUUUUCUUCUUUCCUACAGUCAACUUUACUUUUCUUCUUUUCUAUAGUAUUUUUCUUUUCUAUAGUAAUAAUCUAUUAUUCAUUCUAUAGUAAUUUCCUUUUUUUCUUUCCUAUAGUGAUUUUUUUCUCUCUAUAUAAUUUUCUUUUUUUCUCUCUGUAUAGUAAUUUUCUUUUUUCUUUUUCUAUAGUCGACUUUCCUUUUUCUUUCCUGUAUUAUUUCUUUUCUUUUCUUCCCGUAUUCAUUUUCCUUUUGUUUUCUCUUUUUAGUCUUUUUUUUCAUUUUUUCUUCCUUCCUUCCUUCCUUUAUUUCUUUUCUUUCUUUCUUUCUUACUUUAUAGUCAUCUUUUCUUUCUUUCUUUAUUUUUUUCUCUUUCUUUCUUAUUCCUUCUUUCCUUUAUUCUUUCCUUCUUUCUUUCUUCCUGUGUUCUUUGGUUAUUUCUUUCCCUUCUCUUCAUUCCUUUAUGUUUUCGUUCCUUUUUUUUGCUUCGUUUUUCUUCCUUAUUUUCUUCAUCACUCUCCAUUAAUUCAUUUACCGACUCCUUUUACUUCCUCUUCCCCUUUCUCUCUCUCUCUCUAUCUCCCCCUAAUAUCCCUCACGUUCUUCUCCGAAUCACUCUCUCUCUCUCUCUUUCUCUCUCUCUCUACCUAUCUUUCUAUCAGCUCUAAAUUAUUGUGGCGGACAUUGUCAUUUCAUUCAUGUUAUUCUGCUUUUAAUAUCCAAUCCUUUACUCUCUCUCUCUCACUAUUUUGCCCCUUCUCGAUCUAUCUAUCUAUCUAUCUAUCUAUCUAUCUAUCUAUCUAUCUAUCUAUCUAUCUAUCUAUCUAUCUCACUAGCUAUCUAUCUAUCGCAGUCUGGUCAUAUCUAUCUAUCUAUCUCAGUCUGGUCAUAUCUAUCUAUCUAUCUAUCUAUCUAUCUCUGUCUGGUCAUAUCUAUCUAUCUAUCUAUCUAUCUAUCUAUCUCAGUCUGUUCAUAUCUAUCUAUCUAUUUCAGUCUGGUCAUCUCUAUCUAUCUAUCUAUCUAUCUAUCUAUCUAUCUCAGUCUGUUCAUAUCUAUCUAUCUAUCUAUCUGUCUAUCUAUCUAUCUAUCUAUCUAUCUAUCUAUCUCAGUCUGGUCAUAUCUAUCUAUCUAUCUAUCUAUCUAUCUAUCUAUCUAUCUAUCUGCAUCCUUUCUGUCUCUUUCUUUAACUUUUCUUUCUUUUUCUUAUUUUCUUAUAAUAUACCAUGUUAUGUCUUCUUCUACAGUCUUUCUCAGUCGCCUUCUCUUUCAGGAUGCCUUAAUGUUCCAACUUACUCUUUCUCUCUCUCUCUCUCUCUCUCUCUCCUUUUCUAUAUGCCCUUAUCUUCUUUUUUCUCGCUCGCUGUCGCUCUCCACCUUUCUCUCAUUUCAUCAUUUUCAUCUUAUUCUCUCUCUCUCUCUCUCUCUCUCUCUCUCUCUCUCUCUCUCUCUCUCUCUCUCUCUCUUGCUUUCUCCAUAUUAUAUGAGUUUAAUCCGGCUGGAUCAAUGUUUCUCUCGUUUUUUUCUCUUUUACUCUCGUAA